CUUGCGCGUAUACGUAUACGCGUUACCGCUUUUGAAACUGUUCGUGAAUCGGAGGAUCCAAAUGCGCGUUCGUGUUCGGAUUCUUCGCUGAUUUGAUUCCAAUUCACCCAACAUUUUACAUUUUCGGUUCUGCGGGAGUUGAACAUGGCAGCGGCUUCUAGCCCAGUGACGCCUGGACAGGUGUCAUUUUUAUUUGGAGUUAUCCCAGUUAUUUUUUCUUGGUUAUAUGCUGAGUGGUUAGAGUACAAGAAGUCUGCCCCCCUCUCUAAAGUCCAUUCUGACAGUAACCUGGCUGAGUUGGGAAAUGAAACAAUCAAUGAAGAAGACCGAGCUGUAUUGCUGGAAGGAGGUCUCUCAAAAUCUGCAUCCAUGAAAUUACCAACUUCAUCAUUAAAAACGAACCUAGUUAGGUUCCUAACAAUGGAGGAUUCAUUCUUGCUCGAAAAUCGAACAACUCUAAGAGCAAUGUCUGAAAUUGGGGCAAUCCUAUUCUAUUUUUACAUCUGCGACCGAACAAAUCUGUUUGCUGAUUCUACUAAGAAUUACAGCCGUGAUCUCUUCCUCUUCCUGUUUAUUCUUCUCAUCAUUGUUUCUUCAAUGACUUCUCUCAAAAAACACAAUGACAAGUCAGCCUUUUCUGGGAAAUCAUUACUUUACUUGAAUCGCCAUCAAACAGAAGAAUGGAAAGGAUGGAUGCAGGUUCUCUUUUUGAUGUACCAUUACUUUGCCGCAGCAGAGAUAUACAAUGCUAUUCGUAUCUUUAUUGCUGCAUAUGUCUGGAUGACUGGUUUUGGAAAUUUUUCAUAUUAUUACAUCAGAAAGGAUUUUAGUCUUGCACGAUUUGCUCAGAUGAUGUGGAGGCUGAACUUUUUUGUGAUAUUUUGUUGCGUUGUUCUCAACAAUGAUUACAUGCUGUAUUAUAUCUGUCCAAUGCACACUCUGUUCACCCUGAUGGUCUACGGGACACUUGGCAUUGGCCAUAAUUAUAAUGAGAUAAGAUCAGUGAUGGCUAUAAAGCUUCUUGCAUGUUUGUUAGUGGUUAUCUUGGUUUGGGAGAUUCCAGGAGUUUUUGAGAUUCUAUGGAGUCCUUUCAGUUUUAUGCUAGGUUAUGAUGAUCCUGCAAAGCCAGAUCUCCCUCGAAUGCACGAAUGGCAUUUCAGAUCCGGACUUGAUCGGUACAUUUGGAUUGUUGGAAUGAUAUAUGCUUAUUUUCACCCUAAUGUGGAAAAGUGGAUGGAGAAAUUGGAAGAAUCUGAAACCAAGCGGAGACGGACAAUCAAGGCAUCUGUUGUUGCAGUUUCUUCAAUGGUCGGAUAUUUGUGGUACCAGUAUAUAUACAAACUUGACAAGGUCACCUACAACAAGUUCCACCCAUACACAUCAUGGAUACCUAUCACAGUUUACAUUUGCUUGAGGAACUUCACUCAGGAGCUUCGCAAUGUCUCAUUGACUUUGUUUGCGUGGCUUGGGAAAGUUACCCUGGAGACCUAUAUCUCCCAGUUCCACAUCUGGCUAAGAUCAAAUGUUCCAAAUGGGCAGCCUAAGUGGCUUCUUUCAUUUCUCCCCGGCUAUCCUUUACUUAACUUCAUGCUGACUUCUGCCAUUUAUAUCUUGAUAUCUUAUAGGAUAUUCGAACUAACCAACACUCUAAAGACUGUGUUUAUACCCACAAAAGACGACAAGAAGCUGCUCCAGAAUUUUGUUGCUGGCAUCACGGUUUCUGUGUGUUUAUAUUCGGUUUCAUAUAUUCUUCUUCAAAUUCUUACCUGAGUAAGAACAGGCAAGGAUGGAGUAAUACAAGGUAAGGGUGUAAAGACGUACAGAAGAUUUCCAUGGUCAACCCAGAGUUAGUUGUUUCAUUUGAUAUCUUUGAUGAGGGAAAUGCUGGUUAUAGACAGGCCUCAACUAUGGGUUUUGAAUUUGCAGCAAUUUUGUGAAUCAUAUUAUUUGUACUUCGGUUUUUUCCCACGAAAGCCCCUGCUCCCUCCCCCCAAAAAAAAUCCCACACAAUUAUUGGAUCCUGCCAGUCUAUAUUUCUAUUUCUGGAAAACUAAAGCUAUUAUUCUUACCCAAAGCAAGGUACACGAGGUGUAAUUUUUUUUAUGGAAAUAUAUAUUUUUUGGGAAUGAUGGGAAUGUGUGGUCCCCAAAAAUAAGGGAUACAGAUAGCUUUAGUCUACAGGUACAAAGUCACUUUCCAAAUUGUGUUAUAGAACAACAUAAUACAUGUGAUCUUGUGUUCUCAAUGCAUAUCAUUUUGGUCUUUUUAGGACGAAAUUGAG